AUGCUCCCAACUUGGCUCAUCACUUUGGUCUCCACCCUAAGCCUCGUGGGGACUCAAAUGAGUGUAGACUUCCCGCCGUUGAGGGCGAAUAACGAGAUGAUUAUUCCGGUUUCGAAUCGAUUCCUAAUUCGUGCGCCCAUCACCCAACGCUCCAUCAGCCCCUUCCAAGUCAUGCAGAAGCUCUCCGACGUUCCCGAUGACGGUGAAACUUUCCGUGAGGGACCACUCGACUCCGCCGGAUACCUUACUACGCGCCUCGUCUGGAAAUCAUUCGAAUCCGAUAUCAAUCAACGAAUCGAAGGGGAAUUCAUGUGGGUCCCACUGAAAGUGUUGUCUGGAAAUGGGCAAAUUGUAUCCGGCAUGCAAUAUGAUCUACGUGUCCUCGCGGGGACAUCCAAUUGUUCCAGAUACGAAAUUAAUGCGUAUACGAUUCAGGAGAGGAAUUGUGUGCAUUUUAAUGGACCCAAACGAGCAAUCUUCAACAUAAUAGUGAUGGAGAGAAGCUCCAAAAGUUGGUCGCCUUUCAUUCCGGAUUGGGAUCGCGUGUUUUCGACUGUCGAGAGAGAAGUCGCGGAUAAUGAAGAUUUUUAA